UAAAAAUACUACUUAAUUAAUAAAUAAAUACAGUUAAUAAUUAUAAUAUAAUAAAAUUUAACGUUUUAAAUAUAUUUUGUAAUUAAUUUCGUUUAAAAAACAAUAACAGUCAGAAAAUUGCUUCAAAAGUUUCCGCGUGUUUCCUUCCCGCGCACAUCGUGCUAGGUGGAAGUUGGUCAUGGUCGUCCGACAAACGGAAAGCCGCCAUGAUGGCUUUCUGUAAAGUACGCUCAAUAUGUAAAGUUUCGUUACGGUUUUUCAUUAAUUGUGACUGAGUGCGUGCAAAAAUUAACCAUGGGAACGAACUAGAGUGUGUUAAGUUCAGUUUACGGUCCUUUAGGACCUCCUGGAGGAGCUAUAAAGUGUUUUAUGAGUGCAUUUUUGUGUCGACGCUAGCGUGUUUUGUUCUGUCAACAAAAUGUCGAAGCUCUCGUUUAGGGCGAGGGCCCUGGAUGCGUCGAAGCCAAUGCCGAUAUAUCUCGCCGAGGAGCUUCCGGAUUUACCGGACUACUCGGCGAUUAAUCGUGCAGUACCUCAAAUGCCCUCUGGAAUGGAAAAAGAGGAGGAAUGUGAGCACCACCUCCAGAGGGCGAUAUGCACGGGGCUCAUCAUACCCACGCCGGAAGUAUGCGACGUCCAGGACCUCGAGUUCUACGAGCGGUGCUACCCGCCCGACUACAAGAUGCCCAAGCAGCACAUACACAUGCAGCCGCUAUGGCAGGAACAAGAGGCGCCAGAGUACGACAUCGACUCCGAGGACGAGCGGUGGCUGAAGCAGCAGAGGCAUCCGGAACUCACAGAAUUAAUGUUCGAACAAAUGAUGGACAAGCUAGAAAAGAGUUCCGGACAGACGGUGGUGACGCUGAACGAGGCCAAGCUCCUGCUGGAGAGGCACGACGACCUGGUCAUCGCCGUCUACGACUACUGGCUCAACAAGAGGCUCAAGACUCAACACCCUCUGAUCCUGUCGGUAAAGACUGAAAGCCGGCCUGGGCAGUCGUCUAACAACCCCUACCUCGCGUUCCGACGCCGCACGGAGAAGAUGCAGACCAGAAAGAACAGGAAAAACGACGAGAGCUCGUACGAAAAGAUGCUCAAGCUACGGCGAGAGCUUGCGCGGGCUCUGUCACUCCUGGAGAUGGUCGCGCGGCGGGAGAAGGCCAAGCGGGAGCUGCUCCGGCUCACUGCCGCCAUCGCCGAGCGGAGGUACCACGCGGGAGACUUCACCGAGCCUCAGCCUAGAUGGUCGCGCGGCGGGAGAAGGCCAAGCGGGAGCUGCUCCGGCUCACUGCCGCCAUCGCCGAGCGGAGGUACCACGCGGGAGACUUCACCGAGCCUCAGCCUAGCGACAACACUGUCGCUCCUGGAGAUGGUCGCGCGGCGGGAGAAGGCCAAGCGGGAGCUGCUCCGGCUCACUGCCGCCAUCGCCGAGCGGAGGUACCACGCGGGAGACUUCACCGAGCCUCAGCCUAGAGUGGUGGUGGGCAGCGCGGCGCCGGCGCCGGCGCGCGCGCGCGCGGAGUUCCCCCCGCACUACCCGCCGCGCGCGCCGCCGCCGCCCCUCGACACGCCCCGACAGCGGGAAAAGCGUCCGUACAAGAGACGGAAACACAGGCACCACGCGGCCGCCGCCGGCGCCGGCCACCGAGAGCCCGCGUCGUCGUCGGAGGAGGAGGCGCGCCUGGACGCCGGCUCGCCGCCCGACGACGGGCCCUUCGCCUUCCGGAGGAAACCCGGCUGCUACUACGAGAUGCCAACCUCAACGCUCAGCGGCGACCCCGUGGAUCCGGAUAACAAGGAUGGGCUUUUCGAACACGAGCUUGACGAAAGGCAUAGGUUCAACCUCACGUCGCUGUCGGAGCCGUACCGGCGCUGCGUGGGGUUCGCGCGUCUGCGGCGCGGGCGCGGCGGAAGGCUGGCGCUGGACCGGCUGCGGCACCCGCUGGAUGACCUGUGGAGCCAGCUGCCGCCGCCGCCGCACCACAGCCAGCUGGCGGAGGAGGUGAGUAGCCGAGAGCUAGAGGUGGACCUCGAAACAAAAGUGCACAGAACGCCCAAAGAAAUCAGUCGCGACUACCACGCCACAGGGAAAUACCCGUGGCGACACGCCUUCCGCAAGCACCUCCGCAACAACCCCCACCUCUGGAUCAAGGACGAACCCGACCUCAAGGAUGUGGACCUUAAGGAUGUUGACAUCAAGGACGUUGACCUCGGGGUCAAGUGCAAAGUGGAGCCGGAGCUCAAAAGUGAUAUUAGUGUUAGGACUAUAGACAGUGAAUUGAGAAAGCGCGCGUGGAGCAGUAGUGAGGACAGUGAUAGCAGUUUGCAGCCCGUUGAACAGGAGUUUGAGAAGUUUAUCGAUGAAGUUAAUAAGAAAUGGUUACAUUUCCGACCGAAAACGCCGCCCCCCUCCCCGCCGCGCCCGCCGGCCGCCGACGCGCUGCCCGUGGCGCCCCGCACGGCGCUGCGCGUGGAGCUGCGCCAGCCCGGCGCGCCCGCCUUCACCACCGAGCCCUUCACGCUCGCCGACCUCGUGCCCGAGCUGGGGGACCUUCACAAACACAUAGGAUUAUCGGAAGACCGAGGCGAAACCCUCCCCUCGGAAUCGGAGCUGAAGCUGGACGAGAGUGGUCGGCAGAAGCUGGCGACGGAUCCUUUUUUAUCCCACGGCCGGGGUCCUAUGGCGCGGGACCCCACGUUCGGCAGCAGCGCCGUGCGCGUCACGCACGACACACCCUCUAUCUACAUGGAUAGACCCGCUCCGGUCGCGCCGCCGCCGCCGCCGCCGCCGCCGCCGCCCAGGAAGGAGGCCGCGGCGCCGGACCCCGUGCCGGCCUCCCGCCUCAUCGUGGAGGAGGUCAACGAGGUGCCGCAGAUAAAACUAGAAAAGAAGAAAAAAGACGACACGAUAGAGGAGAUCCAGUUAGCGCACGGCGUGCAGCUGAAGACCGUGCAGACGAAGCACUCACCGCUCAAGAAGCACAUCAUCACGUCCGCGCGCCGCGCCGACCACGAGCCGCAGCUCCGCGCGCAGGUCACGGACACGCUGAAGGUACGCCACUCUACACUUUAUUCACAGCUAUUCAUUAGGGUUUUGUUUGAGACAUAUCGAGAUAAGGCCAAAAAGUACACCCACACUUUAGCACGAGCGGUUAAACAACAACUUUGCCCCCUUGUAAAACAAAUAACUAUUUUAUCAUUUUUUUUUUUAAAUUGUGAUGUGUUUGUUCGUCAGGUGCGGCUACAAAAUCAUCUGCUGUCGUCGCAGGCCAGCGUGGUGAGCAGCGGCGCCGCGGUGGUGGGGCUGGUGCAGAACGGGCCCUUCACCGCCGUCCCGUCGCAGCCAGGCGUGGCGAGCUCCGCCGUGGCGGUGUCGGUGGCGGGCACGUCGUCCCCGCGGCGCGGCGCCCCGCUCGUGCCGCUGGGCGCGCGCGGCGGGCUGCUGGCCGCGCCCGUGGUGGUGGGCACGGUGGGCGUGGGCGUGGGCGUCGGCGUGGGCGUGGGCGUGGGCGCGCAGAACAAGCUCAAGGUGCUGCACGCGCACCCGCUCACGCACGAGCAGCGCGCGCAGCUGCUGCAGGCGCGCGCGCACGGCAUCACUCCCCUGCCGGCGGUGGUAUCGCUGGCGACCCUCGAAGCCAAGUCCAGCAACACGACGGCCAUCCUGAAGGCGGCGCCGGGCUCCGUGGCGCAGUUUUUCGAGAUCAAGGGCGGGCAGCUCGGCAAGGGCCCGCACCUGGUCAACGUGGUGCGCCAGCCGCCGCCCAGGCCGCACGGCGCCGACAAGAAGCCGCGCCAGGUCGUGGCCGCCAUCGACCACCAGGCGCUCAAAGGUCAGUACCGCCGCCCAGGCCGCACGGCGCCGACAAGAAGCCGCGCCAGGUCGUGGCCGCCAUCGACCACCAGGCGCUCAAAGUUCCUCGAGACCAAGGGCGGGCAGCUCGGCAAGGGCCCGCACCUGGUCAACGUGGUGCGCCAGCCGCCGCCCAGGCCGCACGGCGCCGACAAGAAGCCGCGCCAGGUCGUGGCCGCCAUCGACCACCAGCUCGGCAAGGGCCCGCACCUGGUCAACGUGGUGCGCCAGCCGCCGCCCAGGCCGCACGGCGCCGACAAGAAGCCGCGCCAGGUCGUGGCCGCCAUCGACCACCAGGCGCUCAAAGGUCAGCAGCCAGGGUUCCUCGAGACCAAGGGCGGGCAGCUCGGCAAGGGCCCGCACCUGGUCAACGUGGUGCGCCAGCCGCCGCCCAGGCCGCACGGCGCCGACAAGAAGCCGCGCCAGGUCGUGGCCGCCAUCGACCACCAGGCGCUCAAAGGUGGUGUAGCAGCAGCGACAGCAGCCCGCGGCCGGGUGCCCCUGUCCCUGGACGGACGGCAACUAGUCCGCGCCGCGCUGCCCACCGUGCGCGGCGCCGCGCCGCAGCUGCUGCGCCACCAGAUCCAGCUCAAGCACCGCCGCGACCACCAGCCCACCAUCUCCAUAGGUACCGUACCUCUUCCUGGCCGGUAGCAGUCCGCGCCCACCAUCUCCAUAGCUGCACCAACGAAGACAGCGUCCAUCCCGUCGUCCGUGGUGGCCAACCUGCUGCAGAAGAACGUGUCGCUGGGCGCGCCGCGCCUGUCGCUGCCGCAGUCGGCGGGCGUGCAGGCCAUCGCCUUCUCCGCCGCGCAGCUCAAGGCGCGCCAGGCGCGGCUCGUGCCGGCGCGGCCCGUGCCCCGACCCGAGCUGGCGGAGGCGGCGGCGACGUCGAGCGCGGCGCCGGCGGCCGACGGCGAGCCGCCCAACGGCAGCGUGCGGCGCCGCGCGCAGGACACGCUGCCCAUGGAGGUCACGUGACAACCGCCCGCUCCGGCCCGCGGGCUCCCCGCGUCCGACACGUCGCCCGACAAGCUGCCCGACAAGCUGCCCGACAAGUCGCCC